UGCAGGCUGCUCAUCUUCUCGAGCUGCUAAAUGCAUAGCUGCAAACAGGGUAGUUCCACUGCGACUCUUGGUCAGUUACUGAGGGGGCCCGAGAGAUGGAUGUGGAUUUUGUUUAUGUCAAGUUUGCCAGGGUAUGGAUCCCUGAUACAGUGGACGUCUGGCAGUCUGCGGAGCUGCUCAAAGACUACAAGUCGGGAGACACAGUGCUUCAUCUGAAAACCGAGGAUGACAAGGAAACUCAGUACAGGAUCGAUCCAAAGACUAAGGAGCUCCCGCCUCUGCGGAACCCUGACAUCCUGGUGGGUGAGAAUGACCUCACGGCACUCAGUUACCUCCACGAGCCCGCCAUUCUACACAACCUCAAGGUCCGCUUCAUGGAUUCCAAACUCAUCUACACUUACUGUGGUAUUGUCUUGGUGGCCAUCAAUCCGUAUGAGCAGCUGCCUAUCUAUGGGGAGGAUAUCAUCAACGCCUACAGUGGCCAGAACAUGGGGGACAUGGACCCUCACAUCUUUGCUGUGGCUGAGGAGGCUUACAAGCAAAUGGCCAGGGAUGAACGGAACCAGUCGAUCAUCGUGAGCGGGGAGUCCGGGGCUGGGAAGACCGUUUCGGCUAAGUACGCCAUGCGCUACUUUGCCACGGUCAGUGGCUCCGCCAGUGAGGCCAAUGUGGAGGAGAAGGUCCUCGCUUCCAACCCCAUCAUGGAGUCGAUUGGAAAUGCAAAGACAACCAGAAAUGAUAACAGCAGUCGAUUCGGGAAAUACAUCGAAAUCGGGUUUGACAAGAAGUAUCGCAUCACAGGGGCCAACAUGAGGACCUACCUGUUGGAGAAAUCCAGAGUCGUUUUCCAGGCAGAGGAUGAACGGAAUUACCAUAUUCUCUACCAGCUGUGCGCUUCUAAACAUCUGCCUGAGUUCAAGGACCUCAGACUGGGUCACGCCCUGAACUUCAACUACACGAAUUUUGGAGGAAGUCCAGUCAUCGAGGGAAUAGACGAUGCAAAGGAAAUGAUGAACACAAGGCACGCGUGCACCUUAUUGGGCAUCAAUGAAUCCCAUCAGAUGGGAAUCUUCCGUGUUCUUGCUGCCGUUCUCCACUUGGGGAAUGUGACAGUCCAGGCCAAUGAUCGGGACGCAGAAAACUGCUUCAUCCCUCCCAAGACGGAACAUCUGAUCAUCUUCUGCGAACUGCUGGGCGUGGACUAUGAGCAGAUGGCUCACUGGCUGUGCCACCGGAAGAUCAUCACGGGCUCGGAGACGUACAUCAAGCCCAUGCCCAAGCUUCAGGCGAUCAACGCUCGUGAUGCCCUGGCAAAACACAUCUACGCCAGCGUCUUCAACUGGAUUGUCCACCAUGUCAACAGGGCUCUCCGUGCCUCUGUGAAGCAGCACUCGUUCAUUGGGGUGCUGGAUAUCUACGGGUUCGAGACUUUUGAAAUAAACAGCUUUGAACAAUUUUGCAUCAAUUAUGCAAAUGAGAAGUUGCAGCAACAGUUUAACAUGCACGUGUUCAAGCUGGAGCAGGAAGAGUACAUGAAGGAGGAGAUUCCAUGGACGUUAAUAGAUUUCUAUGACAAUCAGCCUUGCAUUAACCUCAUUGAAGCUAAACUUGGCAUUCUGGAUCUAUUGGAUGAAGAGUGCAAGAUGCCCAAGGGGUCUGAUGACACGUGGGCUCAGAAGCUGUACAACACUCACCUGAACAAGUGUGCACUCUUCCAAAAGCCCCGCAUGUCUAAUCGGGCCUUCAUCAUCAAGCACUUUGCUGACCAGGUGGAGUAUCAGUGUGAGGGCUUCUUGGAAAAGAACAAAGACACUGUGUAUGAGGAGCAGAUCACGGUGCUGAAGGCCAGUAAGCUGACGCUGCUGGCUGAGCUGUUCCAGGACGAGAAGCAGGUGAGCAGCCCCACCGAUGGACGCCCCCCCUUUGCCAGGGCGACGGUGAAGUCGGCCAAGCCCAGGGCCCUGCAGCCGAGCAAGGAGCACAAGAAAUCAGUGGGGCAUCAGUUCCGCAACUCCCUCCACCUCCUGAUGGAGACCCUCAACGCCACGACCCCUCACUACGUGCGCUGCAUCAAGCCCAACGACGACAAGUUUGCCUUCACGUUUGACCCUAAGCGCGCAGUGCAACAGCUUCGAGCCUGCGGAGUAUUGGAGACCAUCAGAAUCAGUGCUGCCGGCUUCCCGUCCAGAUGGACCUACCAAGAAUUCUUCAACCGAUAUCGGGUACUGAUGAAGCAAAAAGAUGUUCUCAGUGACAAAAAGCUGACCUGCAAAAAUGUCCUGGAGAAAUUAAUCAAGGACCAGGACAAGUAUCAGUUUGGUAAAACGAAGAUCUUUUUCCGGGCUGGGCAAGUAGCCUACCUGGAGAAACUGCGUGCCGACAAGCUCCGUGUGGCCUGCAUCAGGAUCCAGAAGACCAUCCGGAGUUGGCUGCAGCGGAAGAAGUACCUGCGUAUGCGGUCUGCAGCGAUCACUAUCCAGCGAUACGUACGCGGCUACCAGGCCAGAUGCUACGCCCAGUUCCUCCGCAGGACCCGUGCAGCCAUCCUCAUCCAGAAGUACCAGCGCAUGUACGCAGCCCGGCAGAAGUUUCUGCGCUUCCGUUCAGCGACUAUUGUCAUCCAGUCUUUUAUACGAGGCUUCCGGGGAAGGAGACAAUACAAAGCUAUCCUCCGGGAACAGAAAGCCACCAUUCUUCAGAAGCACAUGCGGGGCUGGAUGGCCAGGUGCAAGUACCGCAGGACGCACCACGCCAUCAUCUACCUGCAGUGUUGCUACCGGCGCAUGAUGGCCAAGCGAGAGCUGAAGAAGCUGAAGAUCGAAGCCCGCUCGGUGGAACACUACAAGACUCUCAACAUUGGCAUGGAGAACAAGAUCGUGCAGCUGCAGUGUAAAGUCAAUAACCAGACCAAGGAGAUGAAAUCUCUGCUGGAGAAGUUGGUGAGCUUGGAGUCCACGUACACCCACGAGACGGACAAGUUGCGGACGGAGGUCGACAAGCUGCGGGUAAACGAGGGCAGCGCCAAAGUGUCCUCCAACAAGAUCACGUGCCUGAUGGAGGAGAUUGCCAUACUGCGCAAGGAGCUCGUGGAAACUCAGGCUCAGAAGAAGCGUCUUGAAGAGAGCGCGGAUAAAUACAAAGCGGAGACAGAUGUGGUGGUGACCCAGCUGAAAGAGCAGAACGCGUUGCUGAAGAGCGAGAAAGAGAUGCUGAAUUGCCGAAUCCAGGUGCAGGCCAAGGAGAUAACAGAAACAAUGGAAAGACAGAAUGAAGAAGAAACCAAACAGCUUCAGGUUGACCUUAAUGAUGAAAGGUCCAGGUAUCAGUCUCUGCUCAACGAGUUCUGCAAACUGGAGGAACGCUAUGACAACCUGAAAGAAGAGAUGUCUUUGGUUAGCAUUACCAAGCCCGGCCACAGAAGGACGGACUCCACCCACAGCAGCAACGAGUCGGAAUACACCUACAACUCCCUCUUGUCCUCAGAGCUUGGAGAAUCGGAGGACGUGACGAGAAGAACGGAGGAGUAUCCAGAGAUGAAGGGAGCUUUGGACAUGUCCUUGUUCCUGAAGCUGCAGAAACGGGUAACUGAGCUGGAGCAGGAGAAACAAGCCUUGCAGGUGGAGCUGGACACCAAAGAGGAGCAGGCACUGAGAAGCAAAAAGGAGGCAGAAGAUCAGCAACUUAUGGCCAGGAGCACGGAACUGGAAUACGAAUCCCUCAAGAGACAAGAACUCGAGUCGGAGAACAAGAAGCUGAAGAAUGAGCUGAACGAGCUGCACCGAGCCCUGACGGAUAAGUCGGCCCCACAGGCCACGGCCCCCGGUGCACCUGCGUACAAGGUGCUGCUCGACCACCUGAAUGCAGCCACUGAAGAACUAGAGGUCCGUAAGGAGGAGGUUCUCAUCCUGCGGUCCCAGCUGGUCAGCCAGAAGGAAGCGGUGGCGUGCAAGGAGACGAUGACGGAGCCAAUACUGUUUCUGGAGGAUGUGCGGAAAAUGAAGGAUCAGGGAGAAAUCACCCAAGCGUUUGUUGGGCUCAAGGAAACCAACAGACCAUCACAGGACUGCCAGUUACUGAAUGAGGAUGGAGAGCUUUGGAUUGUUUAUGAAGGGUUAAAGCAAGCCAACAGGUUGCUGGAGUCUCAGCUCCAAGGCCAGAAGAAGGUUUACGAGAACGAGCUGGAGAUUCUGCGCGGGGAGGUGCAGAACUUGAAGGAGGAGAUAAAUCGGCAGCAGCAGCUGUUGGCUCAGAACCUGCAGCUUCCGCCCGAGGCUCGCAUCGAGGCGAGUCUACAGCAUGAAAUCACCAGACUCACCAACGAGAACCUGUAUUAUGAGGAGUUAUAUGCAGAUGACCCCAUGAAGUAUCAGUUCUACAGGAUAUCGCUGUACAAACGAAUCAUUGAUCUCAUGGAACAGCUGGAAAAGCAGGAUAAGACUGUCCGGAAGCUGAAAAAGCAGCUUAAAGUAUUCGCAAAGAAAAUCGGUGAACUGGAAGUGGGACAGACCGAGAACGUCUCUCCUGCCCAGCUCACCGAUGAACCCAUCCGUCCGGUGAAUAUCCCACGGAAAGAAAAAGAUUUCCAGGGAAUGUUGGAGUACAAGAAGGAUGACGAGCUGAAGCUGAUUAAGAACCUCAUCCUCGAACUGAAGCCUCGUGGCGUGGCUGUCAACUUGAUCCCUGGACUGCCGGCUUACAUCUUGUUUAUGUGCGUACGCCACGCUGACUACAUCAACGAUGACCAAAGAGUGCGGUCUUUGCUGACGUCAACCAUCAAUGGCAUCAAGAAGAUCCUCAAGAAACGAAGUGAUGAUUUUGAAAUUGUGUCGUUCUGGUUGUCCAACACGUCACGGUUCUUGCAUUGUCUGAAGCAAUAUAGUGGUGAAGAGGCAUUCAUGAAACACAAUACUCCACGACAGAAUGACCAUUGCUUGAGGAAUUUUGACCUUGCUGAAUAUCGGCAGGUCAUAAGUGAUCUCGCAAUUCAGAUCUACCAGCAGCUUACCAAGGUGUUGGAGAAUGCUCUACAGCCAAUGAUUGUUUCAGGUAUGUUGGAACACGAGACUAUCCAGGGAGUGUCGGGACUGAAACCGACAGGUCUGCGAAAGAGGACCUCCAGUGUUGCAGAUGAAGGGACGUACACUCUGGACUCCAUCGUUCGUCAGCUCAAUAACUUCCAUUCAAUCAUGUGCCAGCAUGGCAUGGACCCUGAACUCAUCAAGCAAAUCGUCAAGCAGAUGUUCUAUAUCAUUGGCUCAGUCACCCUGAAUAACCUGCUGCUCCGCAAGGAUAUGUGUUCCUGGAGCAAAGGAAUGCAAAUCAGAUACAACGUGAGCCAACUGGAGGAGUGGCUGAGGGACAAGAACCUGCAGACCAGUGGUGCCAAGGAAACUCUGGAGCCUUUAAUCCAGGCCGCCCAGCUGCUGCAGGUGAAGAAGAAGACUGAUGAAGAUGCCGAAGCUAUCUGUUCAAUGUGCAACGCUAUCACUACUGCCCAGAUUGUUAAAGUCUUAAAUUUAUACACUCCCGUUAACGAAUUUGAAGAACGUGUAACUGCCUCAUUCAUACGCACUAUUCAGGUGCGUUUACAAAAUCGAAAAGACUCUCCGCAGUUGCUAAUGGAUGCAAAACACAUAUUCCCCGUCACGUUCCCGUUCAAUCCAUCUUCUUUAGCGCUUGAAAGCAUUCAGAUUCCAGGCAGCAUGAACCUUGGUUUCCUGUUACGUGUCUGAGGAGAGGUUCUGCAAACUAGCGAUCACAUCCAUCCGUUACACACACAGCUAGAGCAAUGUUAACAAGGAAUGUACAUUGUAAAUAAAUGCCCAACACAUUCAUGCAACUGCAGUAAAAAUCCAGUGAUGACUGCUCUUGUGCAGUUUCAGUGAAUAUACUUCAAAGUUAGCAACUGUAAAUUAGGGUUUGUCAUAACCUACCUGUUAGAUAUCUAACUAAGGGGAAUACAACUGCCUGAUAUAGCAUCAUUUUGUCGAAUAACUCUUAUGUAAGGUCUAUAUACAAAUGAUGUAGAAUACAAAACUCUGUUAGAAUAUAAUCUAGAGAUUACAUUGUUGGUGUUUACCUAGCCAAAUAUGACGGUAAUCUGUCCAGUGUCCCUUUAAUAGGUUGAGCUGCACUCAUCCGACAGCACACAGUGUAACGUCAAUAUGUCACUAAAAAUAUAUCACGUCUCCAUUCUGCCUUUAUCAAGCCCGUUUUAAACUGAUCCAUGCAGGUAUGUGUAGUUAACAUUUUAAGGUCCAAUUCUGACAAAGCACAAAAGCGCUCAAAAGUAAUCAAAUUCUCAGAUGGAUAUUUGGCAACAGAUUAAAAUGUAAAAAUAUUGAAAAGACUAGGCUUGUAUUCACUGGAGUUUAAAAGGAUGAGGGGGUGAUCUUAUAGAAGCAUAUGAAAUUAUAAAAGGACUGGACAAGCUAGAUGCAGGAAAAAUGUUCCCAAUGUUGGGUGAGUCCAGAAUCAGGGGCCACAGUCUUAGAAUAAAGGGGAGGUCAUUUAAGACUGAGGUGAGAAAAAAAUUUUUUCACCCAGAGAGUUGUGAAUUUAUGGAAUUUCCUGCCGCAGAGGGCAGUGGAGGCCAAGUCACUGGAUGGAUUUAAGAGAGUUAGAUAGAGCUCUAGGGGCUAGUGGAGUCGAGGGAUAUGGGGAGAAGGCAGGCACGGGUUAUUGAUAGGGGAUGAUCAGCCAUGAUCAUAAUGAAUGGCGGUGCUGGCUCGAAGGGCCGAAUGGCCUCGUCCUGCACCUAUUUUCUAAGUUUCUAUAGCCAGUUGAACAAAACCAUUUUUUUUUUUGCAGUAUUUGGCACAAUAUCGUUUGGCCUUUUAAAUACUCCCUUGUUGGAAUCUGUGGAGACUUCACAAUACAGGACUCGCUCUUUAAUUUGUUUGUUACUGUGUAUAUUAGGGUUAAAGAUGACAAUUGUACAAGCUGAGUAGAAGUAUUUUUUUUUUUCUCCAGUAUUUUCAGCAUUUUUCAGUAUUUAGUGGCAUUCGGGUCAAGUUACAUGUAGGUUGCAGUAGUUAAGAUGCAGGCAUCAAUCUGACUAGACAGCUUUCAUUCCACUGGCUCAAUGGCUUUGGAUGUUCUUCUAUAGAAUCAAUUCUGGGAGGUCUUACUUUAAAGGACAAUAGGUACUCUGAAUUAUAAAUUUGAUUUAAAAUGUCACUUCACCGUGGCCAAAAUGUAUACACUUGUUCUACCCUUCAUUGUUUACAUAUUUUAAGUUAUUUAAUUCAUGAACCAACCAGCCAAUUUCAGAAAUCUGGUUUCAGGACAAUGGUUUAUAUGUCUCUAUGGUGUAUUAUAUGUGCCUAUUUAUAGUCCUGGUAGAAUACCUAAUAUUUAACUGUAAGGUGUAUGGUAUUUCAAAGUCUCACAGGGUAGAAGUUAAUAAAAUACCCUGUAUACAUCUACAGAGUCCUUUAUUUAAUCCACAAAGAUUAUUGAAAACAAAUCAGACUAUACAUUAAAGAUAGACACCAAAUGCUGGAGUAACUCAGCGGGACAGGCAGCAUCUCUGGAGAGAAAGAAUGGGUGACGUUUCAGGUCGAGACCCUUCUUCAGACUGAAACAUUGACUGAAACUAUACUGAAUAUUUGAUUUGCUCAUGACAUUUUGCAGAUGUACACAUUUCAGUCUUUAAGUCUUAACGGACAAAGUUCCCCAGAGCCUUACAGAUGUUUGCUCAAUUCGCCGAAAUUGACAUUUUUCAAAAGCAUUAUAUACUUUGGGCAAUCAUUUAAAAAAAACCAAAGUGGGUUUUUGUCAAGAGAGCAGAAACUGUAUAGACAGAACGGAUUUAAGUUUAAAAAAACCAUUGUCUGGGAAAUCGGUAAAGUCUAAGUUAUCAGUUGCCGCUCAUCAACACUGUCUCCUCCCAAAACCAGUACUUUUAUUUUAAGCCAUUUUGACAAAUUCUGGGUUUAGAAAGUGAAACUUUAGAAUUGAUUUAGAAUUCGACGAGUAACUAAAUUGCUGAACAAAAUAUGAAGGCCAUAUUCCUUUGAAAUAUCAUUUAUGCACUUUAGUUUUGCCCCACAUAUAUAUCGUCUCAAGUUUUCUGCUUUAUAUGGCUUUUUAAUUCUUUGUAUCAUAAAACGUACGUACAUUACUCGCGGUUAGUGUUAAGAAGCUGGAGAUAUUUAAAUUAUCGGCAGUGGUCAUGAAAGAAAACGUGUGUUGCUAUAGUAUGUUGUUGAGGAGGAAUAUUGACCUGAAAAACUAUUGUGUUUAACCAGGUAGUAAACACUGAGUAUGAUAUUGAUGUACAGAAAAAUUCAGAAAACACUAGUCUUUCCCGUUUGUAGCAAUUAGUAAUUGUGUGCAUUAUGGCAAAUGUAUAUUGACUUAGGAAAUUAAUGUCCAACUUGUAAAAAUAAAAGUUUCAACACUA